CCUCAGGACCCCCUCACUGACGCGCGUCCAAAGACAGCGCCUGUGCAGAAAUACGAGUUUCCCGUCACUGUUCUUCUCCUCGCGUUAAUUUAAUUUAAAGUAAACUCCACACGGACAGAUCAUAAUGUCGUAAUAAGUCAGCACAAAACUGUAAAAUUCAUUAUUAUUAUACUCCAGCAUACACACACACGCAGGCAUCGUCUCCGCCGACCGAACAGCAGCUCGGCGCCGGAGAGUGACAGAGGGCCCCUCCGACGCCCCUCGCAUCGAUCGCUUCCUCCCGUGUUCAGACCUGCGGAAGAAUCCGUCUGGGACACGUCAGCCCGUGACCCGAACCUGAUCGCCUCCAAACCCAUCCGUCCGUCCAGCCGACCCUCCGUCCAAACAUCCGUCCUCUCCGCUCCAGUCCUGCUCCUCCGGAUCAGCAGACUCUUCUGCACCAUUCGUUCCACGGACUUAAGCAGCUCCAUGGACCAAUCAUUAUGAGACUCUGCAGCACUCCCCUUUCCUUGCUCCUCCCCGUCCUACAGUCCCCGCCGCUCCAUCUGCGCCAUCGCUGCUGCCUGUCAACGCUAUUAGCCAACUGCAGCACGCCGUCAUGCAGACGGCUCAGCACAGAUGUCCACGCCUCUCAGCCUGUGAUUGGUCAGGACUCGGUGGAGGUGUUGGGCCACACCUACCCCCGUGAUGACUACACCAACGUCACGCAAAAGAUCUUGGCCAAGGUCGGCCGCAACCUCCACAACCAAUCGCAUCACCCUCUGUGGCUGAUGAAGGAGCGAAUCAAAGCUCACUUCUACAGCGCCCACAUCAACCGCCGGGGAAACCCGCUCUUCUCUGUCCACGAUAACCUCAGCCCCGUGGUCACUGUGGAGCAAAACUUUGACAGCUUGCUGAUCCCGCCCGGCCACCCCAGCAGGAAACGAGGAGAUAACUACUACCUGAACAGGAAAACGAUGCUUCGCGCCCACACCUCCGCCCACCAGAUCGAGCUGGUGAGGGCCGGCCUGGAUGCCUUCUUAUUGGCCGGAGACGUUUACAGGCGGGACGAGAUCGACGCCAGUCACUACCCCGUCUUCCACCAGAUGGAGGGAGUCCGACUCUUCUCCGACCUGGAGCUUUUCUCUAAGGUGCAGAACGGCGAGGAGCUGUCUCUGUUCGAGAGAGGAGGGCGGCGGACGCCUCAGAAACAGGAAACGCACAGCCUGGAGGCCGUGAAGCUGCUGGAGUUCGACCUGAAACACACUCUGACGAGACUCGUCACGCACCUGUUCGGAGAAGAUCUGGAGGUGCGGUGGGUCGACUGUUACUUCCCCUUCACUCAUCCCUCCUUUGAGAUGGAGGUGCGUUUUCAGGGUGACUGGAUGGAGGUGCUGGGCUGCGGAGUGAUGGAGCAGGAGCUGCUGAACUCCGCGGGAGCCGGAAACAAGGCGGGCUGGGCCUUCGGUCUCGGCCUGGAGAGACUGGCCAUGGUCCUGUACAGCAUCCCAGACAUCCGGCUGUUCUGGAGUCGGGACGAACGCUUCCUCAAACAGUUCAGAGUGCAGGACGUCCAGCAGCCCGUCUGCUUCCAGCCCCUCAGUAAGUACCCCCCCCUCCACAACGACAUCUCCUUCUGGCUGCCGGACAGCAGAGAGAGCGAGGAGGGGCGAGAGAGCUUCACGGCGAAUGACUUCUACGAGCUGGUGCGCUCCUUCGGAGGGGACCUGGUGGAGAAGGUCUCCCUGGUGGACGAGUUCACGCACCCAAAGACCGGUAGGCGGAGUCAGUGUUACCGCAUCAUCUAUCGCCACAUGGAGCGAACUCUGACCCAGCAGGAAGUUCGACAAGUCCACGAGCAAAUUGAACGCGCCGCCGAGACCGAGCUGGGCGUGCAGGGCAGAUACUGACACACUCCCAGCCGGUCGGGGCUGUUCAGCAGCUUCGUCACGUCCUAGCUGUGAUAUUUCCCUGCAGGGUGAAACGUGUUGACUUUAAUAACGACGUCACACGCAGCCUUUAAAGCCGACACACAGCAGAGCGUCACCAACUCUCCUGUGUUUUCUCCUCUUCAGGCUGAAAAGUCUAAAUUUGAUGUGUGUCACCUUUAAUUUCUAAAAACAUCCUCUGUGUGUUGAGUCGGCGGCCACGCACCGGCAGCGUUUCAUGACGCUUCAAACCGACUCUAAGAAAGAUUUAGAUGUUUCUGACAGCAGCUGGAUCUCGACAGCUGUUCUGUUACUGAUCGCUGGCCAGACAGAAGGAUUGGUACGACAGUUAUCUCUCUGUUUCAGGAGAUAAACGUUCACACACUGCAGGUUCACUUCUGAUUCUCCACCACACAAUCUCAAUGUUUUGAAAUUGUAUACUAAAAGAUAAUUAAGUAGUUUGGUCCAUCAUUUCUGUCAGUUGUAAUGACAUAAUACUCAAGUUAAAAUAAUGAAAGAAACAAAAGCAGUAAAAGUUGAAAUGAUGGCCAGAACUAUAAAAUCGAAGCAACAACUUUCUGCAACUAGUUUUAAAUCAGUGUGCACAACAUGACGAGCCUUCAAAUUCAACCUCAGGACUUAUUUAUAACAGGAAAAGGCUGUGAUUGAAGUGAUUUUAUUCAUGCAAACACUGCUGGGAGGUGCAAAGUAAAAAACAAACAACGUAAAUCACAACUUGCUAGGUGAAGAGUCACAAGUCAUCAGCAUAGAUUAACUUUCGGCGUUAACACAUUAAACACAAUCUCGCUCGAUGGCGUCAGUUGUUUCCGGCUUCCGUCAGCUUUGAUCUGAAACUAAAGAUUUGUUAUACGAGUAAAGACUUCAUCUCUUUCUUUUUCUUUAUUUGAAAGGAACAUGUCUGUAGCUUUAACUGAAGCUGUGGCCUGUAUGUUUUGUAUCUUUAGAUGUAAACAUUAAAGCUGUUUGUCACAUG